UACAGGAAGASGAGGAGAGAAACUGGAUUAAUGAGCUUCAUAUUCAGGAAUCAAAAAUUAAAGUGUUUGUGUGUCGGAGCAGAGCGGCUGAAACAAACAUCUGAAGAAACAUAAUCUGAAUCAUCUUUUCUUUGCUAACAUCUGAUUCUGAUCCAGACAUGUCUGCUGGUGAAGUAAUGAAGGCAAAGCUGAAGAACACAGAGGCUGAAUUUCAGCAGAUGAUCCAGAACAGAUGGCUGAAGAUCCAGGAAAUCAAAGAGUCUCUGAAGAUCAGUGAAGCUGCUGCAGACAGAGAGAAAGCAGAAGGUCUUCAGSUCUUCACUGAUCUGAUGGACUCUGUUGAGAGGAACAAGGAGAGCUUCAUGAAGGAGGUGGAAGACAAACAGAAAACUACAGAGAAACAGGCUGAAGGCUUCGUCAAAGAUCUGGAACAGGAGAUCUCUGAGCUGAUGAAGAGGAGCUCUGUGGUGAAGCUACUCUCACACUCUGAAGACCACCUCCACCUCCUCCAGAACUUCAGCUCCRUGAAAGCUGCUCCACCCACCAAGAACUGGACCCAGGUCAGAGUCGAUCCUCCAUCCUAUGAGGGGACUGUGGUGAGAGCUGUGGCUCGGCUGCAGGAGGACAUCAGGGCGAAGAUGAGGAAGAUGUUGGCGCCUGAGCUGAAGAGGGUCCAGAAGUUUGAGGUGGAUCUGACUCUGGAUCCUAAAACUGCUCAACCUGCUCUCAUCCUGUCCGAUGAUGGGAAACAGGUUCAUCACGGAGACGUGUGGAAGAGUCUUCCAAACAACCCAGAGAGAUUUACUCACAUCUUUUGUGUUUUAGCAAAUCAGAGUUUCUCUUCAGGCAGAUUUUACUUUCAGGUUCAGGUUAAAGGAAAAACUUGCUGGAAUCUAGGAGUGGUCAGAAAGUCCGUCACCAGGAAGAGAUUCAUCUCAGCAAGUCCUCAAAAUGGUUUCUGGAUUAUUGGGUUGAGAAAUAGAAAAGAGUACACAGCUCUCGAUGAUGCUAAAGUCUGCCUCAGUCUUGAUCCUGGUCCUGAGAAGGUGGGGGUGUUUGUGGAUUAUCAGGAGGGUCUGGUCUCCUUUUAUGAUGUUGAUGCUYCAGCUCUGAUCUACUCCUUCACUGGAUGCUGCUUCACUGAACAACUCUACCCUUUCUUCUGUCCUUGUUCUAAUUAUCGAGGUAAAAACUCGUCUCCUCUGAUCAUCUGUCCUGUCAGUCCCUCUGCCUGUUGACAAUCUGUUCAGUUCAUUUCAAAUGGUUUUACUUGGAUGGUUUUCUUUUCAAAUAUAAAAUAUCAUCAUUAUUUGAAAUUAUUCAUAUGUUUUUAUUUUUUUUCUCUCAAAUGUUCAGCUUCUAUUUUAGAACCAAACUGGAGACUAAAUUGUUCCCAGACACUUGUCUUUUACAAUCACAGCUGUAAAUACGGAGUCUGACAAUUAUGGAAUAAAAAUGAAUAAAGUUAACAGAAGUUGUAGUUGAUGAUUCUUUUUA